GAACCGUCAUCUUGUUGCUGCCCAUGGGAUGUUACUUGAGUUAAGUAGGUCUGUUGUUGUGUCGCUUGAUGGAGAAAUGGAUGUCAACAUCCUCAAGCACGCAUAUAAAGGUCGGAGUCUGCUGGCAAGGAUUUUGAAUCCGACUCUCAGCACUCCUGAAGCAGAUACUUCAUUCUACUUUUUCGCCAUUACUACAACUGUGGGUAACUUUGGAGGAAGUCGCCAUGAAGAUGAUGAUAGGCUUUCUGCUGCUGGCCUUGACGCUGGCCUCAUCUUUGGCACAGAUGAUGGGAACAGGCUCGACAGGGAUGGAAAAUUUCUUAUCUUUAAUGGCUCUCCAAGGAUCGGACAACCUUUUUCCCAUGAUGUUUAUGCUCAACCACCAGAACCCAUCAGCGUCACCGAUGUCACCGAUGUCAUCGAUGUGGCCGCUAUUAAUGAGUGGCAGUGACAGCGCAAGGAAUGCCAUGCUUAUGUCUCACUUCAUGCAAGGCAUGGGCGGACCUGCACCUGUCGUUUAACCUUCUACUUGUCUGUUAGUGAAAUGUGCUCCAUCCCGCCCUUUCCUGAUCAUCGAACGCUGUGAACAGCAAAAUAUUUCCUUUUAUUAAAAAAAAGCCGCAUUUUUCCUGUUUCCUGUGAUAAUGCUCACUGCUUUAUACAGCUCUGCCUAGGUGGUCGUUAUGUUAAUGGAAGCUCUCUGCUAUUUAGGGACUUAUUACAACGGGAUACAAAUUUUCCUAGAGUAACUACAACUAACAGUGCACGUUUGCCUGAUAACAAUACACCUGUCAAUGGACUGAUCAUAAUAGUGGCAAUGUAAAUGUUUCAACUGAUAAUCAAGUGUUUCCAGUUUUGUGUUCAUACCAAUGAUAUAGGAGGUUUCGCUUGCCAUUGAGCAUCUAAAAAUGUAUCUACUGGUGUGUUUAUAUUGACAAUGUAAAUUGGUUUUAUGUGUUGAUAUUGACAAUGUUUGUCCAGGCAAUUUGUAUUUGUUGACACUGAAAAUCUAUAACUGACCAUUCAAGAAUGCUGCAGAACAAGUCAUGGUGGACAGAAGACAACCCAUGUAUGUAAGUGUGCAGCUUUAUAAUGCUGGAUGACUUUCUCAUUUGCUGUAGUCAUCUUGCAUGGCAACAGACUUCUUGUCAACUACGGAAAAUCACAUUUUGUUUCUUGUAUGUUCUUCAUUUUCCGAUUUAUAAUAGAAUUACAGAUGUCUGGUUCCACAAGUGUGUGUGUGUGUGUGUGCGCUUACCACAUGUAUGCCAAUGAAAUUAAAAAGAAAGAUUAAAGAUUAAAAAGAAAAGUU